AUGGUGCAUUGCUCACCAUAUACCAAGCAACAAGAAUACUGCCCUCAGUACACUGAGGAUGAUCCAACAGGCCAAGAAGGUCCCAUAGCAUCUACAAUACAUUCUGGAGGGGAAUAUUCAGUGGUUGUGGUACUCUCCGGUACCAAUGACAAAGGUAAUAAAAUGGAUGAGGUCCUAAAAAUCAACUACAAGGGGUUGGGGACCUCAUUGCAAGGACUUCAAAAUGGAGUAAUCUCAGGACUACUACCAGUGCCACAUGGCACAUUGAAAAAGGUUUGGUCUAUUUUACUUAAAAGAAUAUCACCAUCCAUGUGGAACAUUCAACACCUCAACCGUGAGUUUGCAGCAUCAACAUCCUUCCACGGUUUACAAAAUGCACUGCAAGGCAAACCUAGAACUCGCAGGAUUUUCUGGAUGGUUGUCGUUCUUGGCUGUGUGAUUAUGGUCUUUUCUCAGAUCACUCAGUGUUUUAUUCGUUACUUCAGCUGGCCAACGUCUACAUCUGUUACUACAAAAUAUGUCAAGCACAUUGAGUUUCCAGCUGUUACUUUCUGCAACUUAAAUAGAUACCAAGCCCAAGCAGUAGCCAACUUGAACAUAAUGUAUAUGUUAUGGUCUAUCGUGUGUGCAGUUCUGAACAUUAGUCAAAGCGAUGGAGAUAGCAGCACUUCCCAAGAAGUCCUGGACUUUCUUCAAGGGAAUCCAACUUUCAGCAUCAAGAAUUUCACCAAAAAGUAUGGAUACCAAAUUGAUAACUCAACUCUCUUAAAAUGUGACUUCUUUGGGGAGCCCUGUUAUCCAAAGGAUUUUCAACACGUUUUUACUGAAUAUGGCAGUUGUUACACUUUCAACCAUGAUGAUAUCACUAAAAGGAACGCAAACACGUCAGGAAGAGGAUUAACCGUGAUGCUUGAUAUUAAACAGCCAGAAAUGACAGAUAAUCCUUCCCUUGGCUUUGUUGAUGCUGGAAUUUCAUUUGUUAUCCAUUCACCCAAGGAACCACCACAAGUGGAGACAAUGGGCCUUUUGGCAGGAGUUGGAAUGCAUGCCCAUGCUGCAAUACGCCAGUUAAAGACUAUAAACCAGGAGUAUCCCUGGGGAGAAUGUAAUCCUUAUAUACAUCUAGAACAUCAUGACACUUAUACAACUUAUGGCUGUUUACAAGAAUGCAAAUCAAAGCACAUAAAAGAACAUUGUGGCUGCAUACCCUUCCUGCUACCAGGAAAUGGGCCUGAAUGUGAACCAGAAAAGUACUACAACUGUGCAUAUCCAAUUCUGCAUUAUAUUGAAAAAAGGCAACUUUGCAAAGCAGGUGCACACAGUUUCAACUGUCCAGUUCCAUGCGAAGAGAUUAAAUACUCUACUGUUGUGUCUUACUCAACUUUUCCAAGUCUCAGGGGAUUGAAGUUUCUGAGUGAAAAGUUUCAGAAAAGCAAACAGUAUAUCAGGGAAAACUUUGUUUACAUUGAUAUUGCUUACAAGGAUCUCAACUAUGAAAUGACACAGCAGCAGAAAGCACUGCCCAUAACAGAGCUUAUUGGUGAUAUUGGGGGUCAACUUGGCCUAUUCUGUGGUGGAAGCGUAAUCACUAUCAUUGAAAUCCUAGAAUACCUCAUCAUUAAAUUCUAUUGGAUAUGUAUAGUUUGGCUAAUAAAACUGCCAAAAUUAUCAAAUCUAAUUAAUGAAGUCCAACAUCCUCCUGUUUAUGAGUGGAAAGAAUAUGCAUUUAUGAGCAUUAGCUUGCUGGCUGCUUAG